CGGGGAGGCAGCGCUGCCGGUCGCGGACUGCAGGGGGGGGCAAACCUCGGGCCCAGGGCAACUGCUUGGGGCAAAUAUGGGCAAUAUCAGCCCAGCGCAGACGUGAACUGUUUUCUUACCUGUAAAUUGAUGCCGAGUUUGACUGGAAUGACGGUGGGUGGUAGGAUUUGAGAGGGAGUGCAAGCCCCUUGCUGGCGUCGGGGCAAUGUUUGCCCUUCCCCCCCCUCCCCUUCCCAGGAGUAGGCUUGAUGCCCUCUGGUCCCUUCCCCUGCAGAUUGUGGCUUCACGUAGGUUUUAGCCCCAAAUAAAUAUUUCGCUCCACUUGCAUAGGAGUGGGCUGUUUUGCGUGGGCUGAGGGUAAUAAUAGAAGGGCCGAACCUCCUUGACCUCUUAGUCCCUUUUCUGCCUCCUCCUGGUGAAAUAGGUUUGGUGCUCCUACCAGAUUGGGUGUUCAUCCAUUUUUUUUCUUUUCCUUUUUUUUCUCUUAUACCAGGACCAGAAAUUUCGUUCAACCCUAUCUGGUGCAUCUUUGGCAGAAAGUGAGGAAAACACCCCCAUUGUUCUUUGGCAUGGACACAAGUUCAGUGGGAACAUUAGAAUUGACUGAUCAAACUCCUGUUUUAUUAGGAAGUACAGCCAUGGCAACUAGUCUCACGAACGUAGGAAAUUCAUUUAGUGGCCCACCAAAUCCUUUAGUGUCUAGAUCUAGUAAGUUUCAGAAUUCAUCAAUGGAAGAUGAUGAUGAUGUUGUUUUUAUUGAACCUGUGCAACCUCCUCCAUCUUCUGCGCCUUCGGUUGCCGAUCAAAGAAGCGUAACAUUUACAUCUUCAAAAAAUGAAGAACUACAAGGAAAUGAUCCCAAAGUCCUUCCUUCAUCGAAAGAGUUGGCUUCUCAGAAGGGCAGUGUAAGUGAGACAAUUGUCAUUGAUGAUGAAGAGGACAUGGAGACAAAUCACGGGCAAGAGAAGAAUUCCUCAACUUUUAUUGAAAGGAGACCUUCUGAAACUAAAAACAGAACGAAUGAUGUGGAUUUCUCCACUUCCACUUUUUCAAGAAGUAAGGUAAACACAGCAAUGGGUAACAGUGGUAUUACCACAGAACCAGACUCUGAAAUUCAGAUUGCUAAUGUUACAACCUUAGAAACAGGCGUAAGCUCUGUGAGUGAUGGCCAACUAGAAAAUACUGACGGGAGAGACAUGAACUUAAUGAUUACUCAUGUGACAUCACUGCAUAAUACCAACCUGGGAGAUGUCUCGAACGGACUUCAGUCAAGUAACUUUGGUGUUAAUGUACAAACAUACACCCCAUCUUUAACUUCACAGACCAAGUCUGGAGUAGGACCUUUUAAUCCUGGUAGGAUGAAUGUUGCAGGAGAUGUAUUUCAGAAUGGCGAGUCUGCACCGCAUCAUAAUCCUGAUUCUUGGAUCUCCCAGUCAGCAUCAUUUCCUCGUAACCAGAAACAACAAGGGGUGGAUUCUUUAUCACCAGUGGCCUCACUUCCUAAACAGAUAUUCCAGCCUUCUGCCCAACAACAACCCACUAAACCAGUUAAAGUCACUUGUGCAAACUGCAAAAAACCUCUACAGAAGGGGCAGACAGCUUAUCAACGAAAAGGAUCAGCUCACCUCUUUUGUUCAACCACCUGCCUUUCUUCAUUCUCUCAUAAACCUGCUCCAAAGAAACUCUGUGUUAUGUGUAAAAAAGAUAUAACUACAAUGAAAGGAACAAUUGUUGCUCAAGUAGAUUCAAGUGAGUCCUUCCAAGAAUUCUGUAGCACAUCUUGUCUGUCUCUCUAUGAAGACAAGCAGAGUCCUGCUAAAGGAGCUCUAAAUAAAUCGAGAUGCACAAUCUGUGGCAAACUGACUGAGAUUCGCCAUGAAGUUAGUUUUAAAAAUAUGACUCAUAAGCUGUGCAGUGACCACUGCUUCAAUCGAUACAGAAUGGCCAAUGGUCUAAUAAUGAAUUGCUGUGAACAGUGUGGAGAAUAUUUGCCUAGUAAAGGUGCUGGAAAUAAUGUUCUGGUGAUCGAUGGUCAGCAGAAAAGAUUUUGCUGUCAGAGUUGUGUCAGUGAAUACAAACAGGUAGGUAGCCAUCCAAGUUUCCUGAAGGAAGUUCGAGAUCACAUGCAGGACUCUUUCUUAAUGCAGCCUGAGAAAUAUGGAAAACUGACAACUUGUACUGGUUGCCGAACACAGUGCAGGUUUUUUGAUAUGACUCAGUGCAUAGGUCCUAAUGGAUAUAUGGAGCCAUAUUGUUCAACUGCCUGCAUGAAUAGUCACAAGACAAAAUAUGCAAAAUCACAAAGUUUGGGAAUUAUUUGCCAUUUUUGUAAGCGAAACUCUUUACCUCAAUACCAAGCCACAAUGCCUGAUGGAAAACUAUAUAACUUUUGCAAUUCCAGUUGUGUGGCUAAAUUUCAGGCUCUAAGCAUGCAGUCAUCUCCAAAUGGCCAAUUUGUAGCACCCAGUGAUAUUCAAUUGAAAUGCAACUACUGUAAAAAUUCCUUUUGUUCAAAACCAGAAAUCUUGGAAUGGGAGAACAAAGUUCAUCAGUUCUGCAGCAAAACUUGCUCAGAUGACUAUAAGAAGUUGCAUUGCAUAGUUACAUAUUGCGAAUACUGCCAAGAGGAGAAGACGCUUCAUGAAACAGUCAAUUUCUCUGGCGUCAAGAGACCUUUCUGUAGUGAAGGCUGCAAGCUAUUAUACAAACAAGAUUUUGCAAGACGAUUAGGAUUAAGAUGUGUUACGUGCAACUAUUGUUCUCAGCUGUGUAAGAAGGGAGCAACUAAAGAGCUUGAUGGAGUUCUCAGAGACUUCUGCAGUGAAGACUGCUGUAAAAAAUUUCAGGAGUGGUACUACAAGGCUGCAAGGUGUGAUUGCUGUAAAUCUCAAGGCACUCUUAAAGAGCGAGUUCAGUGGCGUGGGGAGAUGAAACAUUUCUGUGACCAACACUGCUUACUACGUUUCUACUGUCAGCAAAAUGAGCCCAACAUGACGACCCAAAAAGGACCUGAAAACCUCCAUUAUGAUCAGGGCUGUCAGACGUCCCGAACCAAAAUGACAGGCUCAGCACCACCCCCUUCUCCUACACCAAACAAAGAGAUGAAGAACAAAGCAAUUCUUUGCAAACCUUUAACAAUGACAAAAGCAACUUACUGUAAGCCUCACAUGCAGACCAAAUCUUGUCAGACAGAUGAGAAUUGGAAGACAGAGUAUGUCCCAGUGCCUAUUCCUGUACCUGUUUAUGUCCCUGUGCCUAUGCACAUGUACAGCCAGAAUAUUCCUGUCCCUACCACAGUUCCUGUUCCUGUGCCCGUUCCUGUGUUUCUGCCUGCUCCAUUGGACAGCAGUGAGAAGAUUCCUGCCACAGUUGAGGACCUAAAAAGCAAAGUUUCUUCAGAUCCUCUUGAUACAGAAUUGCUUACAAUGACAGAUAUGAUGACUGAAGAUGAGGGGAAAACAGAGUCAUCAAACAUCAAUAGUGUAAUUAUUGAGAGUGAUAUAAUUGGCUCAGAUCUCACAAAGAACUCUGACUCAGAUAUACAAUCCAAUAUGCCUGAUGUACCAUAUGAGCCAGAUUUGGAUAUUGAAAUAGAUUUCCCCAGAGCUGCGGAGGAGCUUGAUAUGGAAAAUGAGUUUUUAUUACCACCUGUUUUUGGAGAAGAAUAUGAGGAGCAGCCCCGACCUCGAUCUAAAAAAAAGGGUACCAAAAGAAAAGCUGUAUCAGGAUACCAGUCUCAUGAUGAUAGUUCUGACAAUUCAGAAUGCAGCUUUCCUUUCAAGUAUACAUAUGGUGUAAAUGCAUGGAAACAUUGGGUUAAAACUAGGCAGCUUGAUGAAGAUCUUCUGGUAUUAGAUGAGCUAAAAUCCCCUAAAUCAGUAAAGUUAAAAGAAGAUCUACUCUCUCAUACCACAGCUGAGCUCAACUAUGGGCUAGCCCAUUUUGUCAAUGAGAUCCGACGACCAAAUGGAGAGAAUUAUGCCCCCGACAGCAUCUAUUACCUCUGCCUUGGUAUACAGGAGUACUUAUGUGGUAGUAAUCGAAAGGACAACAUAUUUAUUGAUCCAGGAUACCAGAUGUUUGAGCAAGAAUUGAAUAAAAUACUCCGAAGUUGGCAACCAAGCAUUCUUCCAGAUGGUUCCAUAUUCUCUCGAGUUGAAGAAGACUAUCUCUGGAGGAUAAAGCAGCUGGGAUCUCACUCUCCAGUGGCUCUUUUGAACACCUUGUUCUACUUUAACACUAAGUAUUUUGGCCUGAAAACAGUGGAGCAACACUUAAGACUUUCCUUUGGCACCGUGUUUAGGCAUUGGAAAAAAAAUCCUUUAACGAUGGAAAAUAAAGCAUGUCUUCGGUAUCAGGUGUCUUCCUUAUGUGGAACAGAUAAUGAAGAUAAAAUUGCUACUGGAAAACGAAAACAUGAAGAUGAUGAGCCAGUAUUUGAACAAAUUGAAAACACAGCCAACCCUUCUAGAUGUCCUGUGAAAAUGUUUGAAUGCUACUUGUCUAAAAGUCCACAGAAUCUUAAUCAGAGAAUGGAUGUUUUUUAUUUGCAACCAGAAUGUUCUAGUUCUACAGAUAGCCCUGUGUGGUACACAUCUACUUCCCUGGACCGGAACACCCUGGAAAAUAUGCUUGUACGGGUUCUUCUAGUAAAAGAUAUUUAUGAUAAAGACAAUUAUGAACUGGAUGAAGACACAGACUAAAAAAGGACCGUUUCAGAAGCAAUGGGAUAACACAGCAUUAGAUAGUCAUGCUGCUAGAUCUUUACAGGAAAACAUUUCAAGUUUACUCCUUCUGUUUUGAGUUUUGUAGCAAUGUACCCACACUGGGUAUCACCAUGUAAAUAAUCUGUGAGUGAAAGUUGCCAUUAUUCUAUGUAGUGGUUUUAGGAUACUUAACAAAUACAUCAAAUUCUUUUUUAUUAUUAUUUAUUUGAUUAGGUAUGUUUGUAACUUUUUACAUUACAAAAUAUGAAGAGAAUGUGCCAUGUAUAAGUUUUUCUUGUUGCACUGCUCUACUGUUGCAAAGCUCCCUCCAAAGGGUGUGCUUUUACUGCGUUCUUGACCAGAUGGUUGUGUAUGGGUAGCACUACUCAAGUUUAGAACUUGCAGUGUCUUUCAAAAUUUUUAAAAUAAACUGUAAACUUAAUAGGCUGGGUUUUUUGUUUUGUUUGGGUUUUUUUGUUUGUUUGUUUGUUUUAUGUUUUAGUUACUGAAGCCUUACCAGGUUGUGUAGAGAGAUACCAUCUUCUGUACCAAAAAUAGACAAGAGAAUGCUGUCGAUACUGGUGUUCUGUAAUGUGAACCUAUGCUGGUGAAAACGACUUUAUGUUCCCUUUAUUAAAACUUAGUGUCCUUUUCUCACUUGUGACUUUCUGCAUCACCCCAUCAAUAAAAAAGUAUGUAUGUAUA